UGUUCUCUUCCUUCGAUGAAUCGGUUUCCGGACAAGUAACUCUGUAACGACCAAUAUAUAUAUAGAGAGAGAGAGAGAGAAAGCAAUGUCUCACAAAAUUUGCUUGAACGACAAUAAGAGGACUUGGCAUCUUUCCAAGUUGUCAACACCAAUAUUGUGAUGAUUGUUUGAGGAGUAUUACAUCACUGAAGACACACCGGUAGAAAAUGGCAGGCUGGGGCGCUGCAUCCGUUCCUUUAAAAGUCGCUUUAAUCGUUCUUUGUGUCGCGCUGGUGGUCUUUGUCAUCGGUUUCUCGACCGAAAAAUGGGCCAGCACUACUUACGCGUCCGAGAUCAGAGCAAAGUCCCAACGGAUUCCUGUCUUUGUAGAUCAGAGUCUCGGGCUCUGGCGGUACACAGUCUGUUACAAUGCCCGAAAUAACUACCUGCCGCGGGACACCAGGAGAUAUAUACAAUACUACGGGUGUAACAGCAAUGAUAUCGACCUCUUUAUUGAUGGACUAAGAUAUUGUGGAGACUGGUACCACGGAGUACAGGCGGUGGAGUGCAUGGGACUGAUCCUGAUGGUGGGGGCUGUGAUCCUGCUCUUCCUCUACUUCUUUGUCCAGUCCGUGAAUCAGAAGAAGUACCUCUACAUUAUCAUUGCUCUGACAUUUGGUGCAGUGGUAUUCAUCGUGAUUGGUGUAGGAAUUUACGGGUCUAAAAUCCACAACACGAAGUACAUAUUCUACAACUACAAACUGAACUGGUCCUUCGGUCUGACGGUGGCUGGUGCCUUACUGGGAUUCAUUGCUGGUAUUGCAGAAAUUAUAGAGUUGCGGAAGUGACGUAACCAGUUUUUGAGUGAUUUCUUUUGUCUCCCUUGAUACGUUUGAUGGGCUGGAAUGACUUUAUUAUUAUUAUUACAGUGUAUUAUUUUAUUCAUUUAUAAAGCGCAAAAUUACACAUAGUUUGUAUGCGCUAAUAUAUUAUUAGUAUACUAUAGGACUUGCACAUAUUUCAGAAGCUUAUGUUGGUGUUUCUAUUGCUGUAGAAUAAUCAUUCAACUUUUCUUCAAUGCUUUGGACUUUGUAGACUUUGUGCUCGCGUGUCUCUGUAAGAGGUACAGUGUAUAUAAAGUAUGAAAUACGAAA